UUUAAUUUAUUGCCCAAAGGACUUUGACCAAACCCUUCCUCCUUUUAUGAUUGCUUGUGACAUGGUUUAAGUAUAGUCCAAUCCCUUAUCAUGCGUGGGUAAGCAAAGGUCGAAGGUAGGGCCAGUGGGAACCGCACAAAACAGACAGCUAUUUUUGUGGAAAUCCUAUACUCUGAACACCGCUGAAAUGGAACCUGUGGGAAAUGAUAAGAAUAUGCAGAACGUUUAUGUCAAGACAACACAGAAAAACAGAAGAUAGCACAAAACUUGACCACUGAGCUCAGUAAGAGGAACUGAGAAAUGAUGACAUUUCCACCCAAUGCAAUAAUGAGGAACAACAUGUGAAACUCAUGUCAUCUCUGUGGAAGAAGUCCUCAUGCCAAACUCAACGGGGUGAUAUUCUGGGAUAGUCCAACAUGGAGACGCGAUGUGACGGGAACAGAGGGAUGAUCCCAUUCCUGAGCUCACUGCACCUUACCGGGACCCCAAAGCUUAAAAAUUUCAUCAUUCCCAGGAAGAAAAGAGCCUCUGGAACAGCUGUGCUUGAGCCUUGUGCAAAAGAGAGCAGGGAUUAUGCUCUCAUUGAAACAACCCUAAGUGACUUAAUGUUGGAUCUGGUAAAGGGGACUUGCAAGUGGGGAGAUGCCAAGCUUGUGCACAAUGAUGAACUACUGAGAGAAUUUGCAGAAAAAAGAUCAGAGAUGCGUUUAAAAGGCAGACAUCUUCGAGAGAUUGAGGAGAGAUUCUGCUUUCUGGUUGCAUCUGAUCAAGAAACAAUGGAAAUUUACCAGCAAGGCCUGAAGGUUGAGAAAACAAACCAACACUCUCUGGGAAAGCCAUCACAUGGAGUGUAUUUGUUCAGGCAUGUGGAUGUUGCCUUGAAAAAUCCAGAUAUCCAGCUGGCUGCGGGCAAAAACAUGAUCAUUUUCAAGGUGCUGUUUGGCAGAGUGAAAAAAGUAGCUCCAAGCUCUUUGGAAAGUGGCACACAGGAUCCCACUAUUGCCUUUGACUGCCAUAUGUCAAGAGACUCAGUGUCCCCUCGAGACAGUCUGCCACAGCAAAUCAUUGGCUCCUCUGUAUUUUUGUUUGACUUCAAUGAGAACCAUGAUCUGAACACAAGGCCACGGCAAUGUUUGCCCUACGCAGUGGUUCCUAUUGUUUCUGUAAAUUUGCCUACAUCAGCAAGCAUGCCAGCAUCACCCACGGAGCUGCCACCAAAGGUUCCAUUACCACCAAAGCAUGGUCCAGGAGAAAGUUUGAAGGCAUUCAUUGUGGCUGAGAGACGGGGGAAGGGACAAAGUGCCAUGGUAACAUUCAAACAUUUUGGCACACAAGGACCUCCUGCGACUGAACCAAAGCAACAUGAAGCUGCGGUGGAGAGGAAAAUGGACUAUCAAAACAUACCCUCGUACUUUCAGUUAUUCCCUCAGCUUCAGGCUAUGAAUUGUUUCCAGAAUGGACCUUGGGUUGGCUUCCCACCUGGUUCGGUAGACAGCAUUCAGUAUGGAAAUACUGAGGGCCAUCAUUCAGCCUUUUUAAAUCAACAGAGCCAAAUGUCCACUCCCAGAGUUCAGAGCGAACCUUUCAAAGAGGGAGACGCAAAGAUCUCUACUGUUGUUUACUCCUCAAAGACAGUGAGAGAUCCACGAUUGUCAGGACGAGAGUUGGGCGACCUAAACAGGACUGCUUCAGUGGUACCACAAACUUUGGGUCCGAUGCUUGAGGGCAAUCUGUUGAAUGCCCAAAAAGAUCUGCUAAGGUCACAGCCUCAGAGUAAUGAAUGUAAAAGUACCCCAGCUCACUUUGAAGCAUUUCACAAAAACUCAGAGCAAACUUGCACUAUUGACACUGCAGUGGCAGAGCUUCCGUCGACACAUAAAUCAGAAAAAUUGCCUUCUUUAAAGCUAUUUAAAAUGAAAUUUCAGAAAUACUCUGUGUAUUUUCAAAUGAAUGAGGCAGAGAGGAUACGGAAUAUUUGGUCACGGACAGAUUUGCCUUUGGAUCAGAAAAACCUGCUACUGGAAAGAAUCCAUUAUUAUGAAUAUUACUUUGAAAAGUACAAAAGAGGAUUAUUAUUUUCUGAAGACAGAAAAAGAGGCCAAUCAGUGCAGAGAGAGAGGAGAAAUGAGAGAAAUGUUUACCCAACUGAAACACACAUUACAAGUAAGCACAUUGACGACAAGAUGAUGAAAAACAUGAUGAUGGAUCAACUGAGAGUACCAGGACAAUUGAAAUUAAAUUCAACACAGGGUCGGUUUGAUCGCUUACAGAGCAAAAAGGACAUUACCACACCAGAUGUUGCAUCAGAACAAAUCACACAUGUCAGAUUUGAACCCACAGCAGUACAUUUGAUUGGGAAAGAGCACAAUGCCCUUCCAAAUGGGCACACAGUCAAUAAAGUACAGACAGUUGAUGGCUCGGGAUCAAGGUCUCAAGAGCUAAAAAACUUGCUGCUGUUAUCGCGGGUGAGCGCCAAACGUUGUGGAGACCUAGAGAUUUCAGUACAGGCCCAGACACAGAGGACGAAGGUCAGAACAAGACCACAGGAUCUCCCUGAAUUAUCUGUUAAGGGACCGGUGAUUUUUCAAUCAGUCACUGAAGCAGAGAGCAUGGAAGGCACAAGGGAAGAUGAAGUGAGAGAGGUGUCCGUUAGGGAUCCCGAGAGAGGAGAGGUGGAACUAAGUGAUUACAUUGCUUUUGAGAAUGAGGGAGAAUUUCUGGAUGUUGCCAUGUGUGAGGAGGUAUGUACUAUAACUCAAUCAGACAUCCUUGCAGCACUCACAGAGUCACCAAACCACGGGAAAGAAAUAGACUUCAAUGAAGAAUGGAGUGAAAGGGAAACAUUUGUGAAUUUCAAGAACAGUGAAAAUGUUGAGAAUUGUCACAAUCUAAAUACAGACAACUUAGAGGUCAGUGAUGACACAAUUUACAAGUUGUUGUAUGAGAGACUACAAUUUAGUCAGCUGCUGCCAAAUUCAACCUCAACUAACUAUGGUAAGCCAUACCUGAAACCCCAAUGUCUUGACCAAACCACUACAUCUAUUAACAACAACUGUGAUUCGCUGCAAGUGAAAGAGAGCCAUUGGGAAGAGCAUCCCAUGCUUGGAGUAACAAUCAAAAGUGCUGUCAGAGACCUUAAUAACAUCAGAAAACCACUCACUCUGUCUCAGAGAUUUUCCCUCUUGUCAUGUUCCAAGGGAGAUCAACCGUUGUCCAGCCUUCUGAAAGAUUCCAUGGAGGCUGAUGAAAACAAACAAUGUCUCACGGGGUCCAUAUCAAGCGAAACUGAAGAACAUAUUAGUAAUUUCAACGUUAAAUUGGUCAAAUUUCUAACACAAAAAUACAAUGAGUGCCAAAUGAGGACUAGUCACUGUAGGAAAUUGAGAGCAAUGUCAGAUUUCAAAUCUACCAUCUAUCACAGGAGAUCAAGGAGGUCUACCUCAAAUACCACCCUUAAAAAGGCAUUUGGUAUAAAGAAACAAUAUUUCAAGAUAUUAUCAAGAGCUGACAGAGAAACAAAAUUAUACAGAACAGCUAUCCAACGGAGAAAAGAUACUGUUUCCAACAAAAAACCCUCCCAUACAACUGAAACCAGGAAUAAAGCUGAAUUGGAGCAAAAUGUGGACGGGCUGGAGCAACGUCAUAAGAGUCAUAAAGUAUGCAGUGGCGAUGAUGGCGCUGUUGAAAUAUCUAACACAUUCACAGAAUGCGUGUCUUCAACAGCUAUAAAACAAUCGGCAGACCAAAGCCAAAACACUGAAGGCCAAAAUAGCAGAGAUAAUCGCAGCACUGAAAGAAACAACUCAAGUUCUGACCCCUCUGCAAUGAGCAAAGACUCACACAAGGAUGUCGAAAUGGAAGGUGCAACAAAGAUUCAAGAUGUUGCAAAGGAGAGUGGGAGUUUGGAGGAGGUCAAAUGUCUUUACAGUGAGACACCCGCUGAUAACGCAAUUUCAGCUGAGGACUGUUUGAGUCAUGACAUUAAGUCAGAUUCAGUGAUUCCAAACGAUGUAGUCUUAGAAAACACCCGUAACCACAGUGCAUCUUUCCUGCAAGAAUCAACUCCUGAUUUACAGACUCCAUUAAAUGCAAAAGAAUCAGUAGUGGACAGCAAUAUGGACAACAGUUACACUCCUUCUCUUCUUGGGCAAAAAAAUAAAUUUGGCACAGAUGCUCAAGAGGUCAAACUCAUAAGUAAGCUUCGAAACUAUUUGACCAGAUUUGAGACUACGGUGAAAUUACAGGAGCCACUGGAUGAAAUUCCACCAGAACCCUUUCAACAAGCUUUGGGUGCUCCAAACAAGGAUGACACAGCACACACGCCACUGCCACAUGAGGCACAAACCACUGAAGUGGUGAAUCCAGAAUGUAGAAUUAGCGUUAAAGAACAAAUAAUUGAUCACCCUAAUCCUGGACCCCUUGGGAACAGCUUAACCAGCCAUUCAGUGACCUCAACAUGUCAGCAGAACACGCUGCCAGCUGUUGUCAGUGAUCCCAUCACAGAUGAAAGUUCAUCGUCACUGAUAACCCAUGGUCCCAAACCUGUUUCUAGCUUAAGUCCUGACAGCACGACCACGUUGGGUACUGCCUUAGAGAAAACCAUUCCAUACCCUUUGAUUGAGCUGAGCAGACCCAAGUUAUCAUCUGAGCCUCAACAAAUGCAGCCAAGACCCCCUGAUGGUGAUCGCCUUGUGCAAAGCACUGACAAGAUCAGUGGGGAGAGUUCCGUUUUCAACAACCAGCCAGUACACAACACCAAAACUCACAGUAGACAAAACAGUGAGGAUCAUCAAGUCAAGUUUGAAAAACUGGAAGCUGCACCAGGUCAAAAACUGAACGAUAAACCAUUGAACACUACACCUUUUCAGAGACAUUUUAACACAGCGGACAUUUCAAACCUUCUGAAAGAGGCUGAUUGCGGGGGCUUAGAUGUCGUUCGCUCAUUGCUAACCAAGACAAAAAUUAUGCUCCAGUAUUUCAUUUCGAACUUUGAACGGGACCAGGGCGUUGCAGCCCGGUGUGGAAUUGUUACUCGUGACAUAAUUUUAGAUAAGUACUUACAUCAACCACCAGCCUCCUUUGACCUCAAGUAUGAAGCAUUAAAUUCGUUUUUGGAAUUGCAAAUGAUGGUGGAGGCAAAAGAAUUCAUAGAGAACAAAAUUAGUUUUCUGACUGCAAAGCAAACAUUUAGGACUUUGCUUUGGUAUGAUCCUUCUCUUUAUGGUGAAUUGUUCAGAGGCAGAGUCGGAUAUCAACAACAGUCUUGUGUCUACACCGCAUUCCAGCAAGGACUUGCAAUUGAAGGCUUCAGCAAAUUACAGAAUUACUGCGUAGCAGUAACCACUCUUAAUCAGCAGCUGAAAAUGGCUCCACAGACCUCAUACUACUUGUAUCUGAAAAGCAAGAGGGAGAAGCUCGAAAUUGAGGCUGCUUUGCACAACUUUGCUUUCUGUGAUAGCUUUUUUCUUUCAGUCCCAAUUAGUUCUAUGAUCAACUUUGGUGAUAGUCCAGAACAUCUAGAGAAGCUUCAGAACCGUGUGAUAUCCUUUGUGGAGACUCCUGCUGAAAAGAUGCCGGGAGACUUUGACGUUGGGAAGGCAGAACAUCUCUCCAUUAUUUGCCGAUUUCUCCAGGAGAAAAUCAACUGUGCGAAGACCAGUAAAGUGGGCGGUAACCAGAUUUCGUGGUUUGGAUUAGAGCACCUUCUAUAUGAUGCGUCAAAGAUUUUGGUGGCAAGGGAUAUGGUACAUACCUUAUCCCAGGAUAACAUUGGUAAAUUUCAGGGUCCACAUUUUAUUCACGGAGCUCCAAAUCACUGGUUUCCUGUGAUGAACAGACCAACACAAAUACUACAGAGCCAUGGUGGAACAGUGUCUGCUGGGCAACAAAUGGACACUAGGUCAGCGGCUGAGAAGAAGCUUUAUUUAAAGAAGCGGAAAAGCAUUGGUACUAUGGAGAAGACACCGCUUGCAGUCAAAAGGAGACACAGUCAUCCUGUUACUGGACAAAAUAACGAGCCUCCACAAAACUAUAUCCAACCUCAGGUUAACCCAGUAAACCCUGUCCAGUUCCAACCACUGGCAUACAGUAACAACUUGUUGAAACAGCAUGCAGCUCUCUGGAGACGAAGGACACAAGACAACCCUCCUCCUCCUCCUGCCCAACCGCAAGCACCUACAGCUGUACCCCCAGGACGGCAGUCACACUCACACAUAAGGGCUUUACUAUUGGCAAAACAACAGAAGAAUAUUCCACCUCAGCAACCUUCACCAUUGUGUCCUUUACCAAAUAAUCCAGCUGGUAUGAAAGUAAUGCCUCCACCAUUACCCACCAUGGUAACCCCCCAGUUUCUUCCACAUGCUUUUAAGCCGACCUAUGAAGGAGUGAUCCAUCCCAUGCUGGCAAAGGACACACCCAAAAACUCAGAGGUGUCAAAAGAAAUCAAAAACCCAUUUGCCCUGGGUCCACUUCCAUUACUGCAGCUCCCUCCAUCUUUAUGUGCACCUAGACCUACUGUUCCUCACCCUUCAUUUCAGUUUACGUCUAGCGCUAAUAAUGCAGCUUUUCUCCACGAACACGCACCUUUAAACUACCCUUUCUUUGUUUUGAAUGGUUGCACAUACACAUCUGCAAAUGCUGCUGCGCCAAACAAGGCAGCCCCGAAUAACACCACUCUUAAUUCGCAGAAAAGUUAGAGAAAGUUUGUUGUAAUUAGGUUAGCGAUAACUGUACAGAAGCAUGUUUGCACUAAUGCUUAUGUAAUACUGAGGGCUUGCUCAGUUGUUGUUUUUGAGGUUUUUGUACUCUCCAUAAGCUAAAUCCUUUUAGAAGAUUUUAGAAAUUCAGACACAGCUUUUUUUGCCUUGUAUAUAGUAAACGUGGAACACAAGGUGAGAUAAGUACACUGGAAAUGGAAUCUGUUUACUGUAUUUAUGCUGUAAAUGUUCUAUGCCAUUGAUGUAUUUAUUUAUUUAUACCUGUGAUACAGAUGCCAUUGACAAAUUUGAAAUAAUAAAGUGUUGUUGUUUGCA